AUGACCACGCGGGAGUACUUUGCAUCAGAAAAGUACGCCGACGUCCUGCUGCCGGCGCUCAGCAGCGAGAUCCGGCACGGCUUCGGCGUCUGCGGCAUCCUGCACCCGCAGACCGAGAGCUGCACCAGGGGCAUGCUGUACAUCCUCUUCAACGUCUUCCCGCUGGCCAUGCGCGUCUACACGCCGCUCAACCUUGCGGUGCUGCUGCUGUUCAAGCGCCACCGCCUGGCCAAGGACCCGCGUGGGGUGAUCCUGAGCCUGAUCAAAUCCAGCGUGCGCAGCUCGGUGUUUCUGGCUGUGCUCAUCGUUGGCAUCAUCAAUUUCUCGUGCGGCAUGCGCGCGGUUCUCGGCCGCGAGAGCUACUGGUCGUACAUCAUCACCGGGUCGGUCGGCGGCCUGGCGGUGCUGCUCGAGGCUCCGUCGCGCCGCAUCGAGCUGGCCAUGUACUGUUUCCUGCGCGCCCUCGAGUCCGGCUGGGAUGUCGGCGUCAAGCGCCGCUGGUGGAAGAAUGUGCGGCAUGGCGAGGUCGCUCUGUUCUCGGCUGCCACAGGCGUCCUGAUGAGCAUUUACCAGAACGACCCCUCCACUAUCAGCAUGACGUACCUGUCGGUUCUGACCAGAAUUUUUGGCAGAAAUUAG